UAUGCAGAAUAGCAAUAAAGUAAUAACGCCAUGAAGCAAAGGUUGGAACAACAAGCACCAAUAUUUCCGUCAGUCUAUUUUGAUUCGGAUUCCUUUCAAGCUGCUAACAGAAAGAAGCGGUUGAGGCUGGGACAGUUUCGGUUCAGUGACUUGGGCCUAGUGAGGCUUUAUUUAUGAUUUUUGGCAAAAAUCUUCAGCGUCCAAGAGAGAAUGGACACAAGCCGCACGAUUUGUGGCCCCCACAUCUUGCUGUUCAUCCUGUUCGCAGUUCUUCAGAUAAAUGCAACUGCUGCUGUUAAUAACCACUGCUCUCCCAACAAGGCUUGUUGUGUUUCAGAAAAUCCCAUACACGUGAAAGAGAAUAACAAUGCAAACCUGGUCAUCAGUAAUAUAACAAUAAGGGAACCUCCGGUUACAAUAUUAGAUCCGUCAAAGACACCUGAUGUUGCUGUCAAUGGGACCACACUGGUGCUCACAAAAACAAUCGAUUUUGAGAAUCUGACGUCACCUGUAAUACUAUUCACAUUGCACUGUGGAAUGCUGGCGGAACAACUGCCAUUAAUUAUUGAGAUCCACAACGAGAAUGACAAUAUUCCCAAGUUCCCCGAAAAGGUAUUGAAUUACAGCAUUAAUGAGUUAUUCCCUGUUAAUAAAACCUGGAAAACAGUGGCAGCAAAUGAUCCUGAUAAUGACCAAAUUUUCUACCAUUUGGAUCCAAACACAGAUGGAGCAAAAUAUUUCAAGUUAAAGACUCAAAAUACACCCGAGAUUAUUCUCAAAAAGCCAAUAGAUUAUGAGAAGACCAAGAUCUUACAACUGAUUUUAUCUGCAAUGGAAAGUCCAAAUGGUAAUGUCACUGAUACAGUGAGUAUCAAUAUUAGUGUUUUGGAUCAAGAUAACAAGCCACCAGAGUUUGAACCCUGUAUUGAAAUUGUCGGUCCCACUGCCAGCAUCUGCCGUAAUGCAAUAUACACAGGAAAUAUCAAGCUAGGCGUGACUGAGACUAGUCCACUGCAGCUGAAACCUCAGCAGAUUCAAGCUGUUGAUGGUGAUAAAGGAAUCAAUACCUUGAUUCAAUACAGAAUGGUGCAUGAUUACGGAAAAACUUUUAAAAUUAACCAAAACACUGGGGAGAUAACCAUGAGUAAACCUGUAAAAAGCCUAAAUCCAGUUGCACUGACAGUUGUGGCUUAUCAGGAGAAUGAUCACUACAAAUAUUCCAUGACCACUGUUACUCUCAACGUUUUGGAGGUAAACAAAUGCCCACCACAGUUUACAAAGACAAUCUAUUAUGGGAAUAUGCAAGAAAACUCAGAACCUGGAAGUAUUGUCUUCGAACAGGGUUCAACUUCAAAACCUGUUAUAAUUAAGGCUGAGGAUUGUGACUUUCCUGAUAAAAUAAAUCCUUCAAUAAAAUAUAAAAUUACACCGAGUAAUAAUUUCAUCAUUAACAGAGAUGGAUUUAUCUUUACUAAGACUAAACUUGUUGCAUCCAACCUAUACGAUCUAUUGGUAACAGCAAUUGAUGACGAACAUGGACAAAAUGCUACAACAAAACUCAAAGUGCAAGUUACCAGCAGUGAUGCACCAAUAACUGUGAAAACAACAACACAUGGAAAUGGGACACCAGAACCACCCACUAAACCUCCUGGAACUGGGGCAUCAACUCCAACAAAGAUCCCUCCUCAACCCCCAGGAGUCACAACAGCAAAGCCCCCUGGACCUGGGACUGGUACUACAGCAACAACAACUGUGAAAACGACCACAUCCAAUGGAAAUGGAACACCAAAACCACCAAGUAAACCUCCUGGGACCAAGCCAACCAGCACUGGGCCAUCAACUCCAACAAAAGUCCCUCCUAGACCCCCACAAGGAUCCACAACAGCAAAACCCCCUGGACCCGGACCAACAACCACCAAACCUCAUGUCUCUGGAUCAAUAACAACCAAUAACCCUGAGCCUCCUGGGUCAAUAACUCCAUCCAGGAAACCACCCGAUGGAUCAGGAACAACAACAACAACAACUGUGAAAACGACCACAUCCAAUGGAAAUGGAACACCAAAACCACCAAGUAAACCUCCUGGGACCAAGCCAACCAGCACUGGGCCAUCAACUCCAACAAAAGUCCCUCCUAGACCCCCACAAGGAUCCACAACAGCAAAACCCCCUGGACCCGGACCAACAACCACCAAACCUCAUGUCUCUGGAUCAAUAACAACCAAUAACCCUGAGCCUCCUGGGUCAAUAACUCCAUCCAGGAAACCACCCGAUGGAUCAGGAACAACAAGCUUACCAGCAGUAAACCCAAAGUUGAUGUAUGAAGCAAAACACAUGGCAGCGCUUGGAGUUCCAUUAGCCAUAUUGCUCAUUAUUUGUUUCAUCAUCAUUGGAAUUCUUCUUCGCAAACUCCACGUGAGGAAAAUGGAAUGGGAAAGAUUACAGGAUAGAUCAUUGACAAAGUUUUCCAGAGGUUCAUUGCAGUCAAACAGUGACAAGCUGCAAUUUACAAAUGAAGGAUAUUUGGAGAAAGCAAAAUCUGAAGGGACUGAAAAGUUAAGUUGGCCAAGGUGGAAGAAUCCUCCCAUCUUAGAAUCUAGUGGUCUGGCUGCUAUCCUGGAACCACCAAAGGAAAACAGCAAUCCAACAGAAUCCUCGGAUAUCCAAUCUGCCACCAUAUCCCAAAGUACCAAUGCUGUCUCCACCAUCCAAGAAAAUGACAAAGCACAUCGCUCCUCCGAAGAGACUGAGAAUGACACAGAGGUUAAAUCCAUCCUCACCAAGGAGAGGAGGUCAGAUGAAGGCUAUAAGUCAGUGUGGUUUAAGGAGGAUAUCCAGCCAGAAGCAAAUGAAGAACAUGUAAUAGAGUGGCAUGAUGAUGAAGAAGUGGUAGAAGAAGGUUACUCUGAUCUGGAUAGCAUAAACAAAGAUGACUGUAUGAUACAACUGAAGUCAUAUGAUAAACAUUCUAUCACCCUUUAGAUCCAUCAACAGCCGACUCACAAAAGCAGAAAAUAAGAAAUCAUAAUUAUUUUUGUAAAUUAAUGCACUGCAUGCGUUGCUUUCUUAAAGAUGUUUAGAAAUGCCCAGAGCUUGCAUCUGUGGAACACUUUAGGCAUCUUAAAGAACAUGCUGCCCACUGCAAGCCCAUCUACACUGUAUAAUCAAGGUGCCUGCAUGUGCCCACAUUUUAACCAAAACUCUCUUCACUCAAUCAGUCAAUGAAAGUGACAUUGUACCUCCAAUUUAAACUCAUAAGAAUAAUGAUUAUCUUCCAUUUGCAUUAAAUCCAUAUUUCAAAAGAUCUGAAGUGUAAUUUUUUUAAAUGCAAAUUCUGCACGUAAAAGUUUAACAAUAUCAGCUGAUCAGUUGCCAGUGAAUUCCCAAACUGAUCUCAUUACCCAUAACCCUGCAUCAACCUCAAACAAAUCCCAUUGUCUCAGACUCUUCGUAGCCCUGUAUCAAUCCCAAAGUAAUCCUACUGCCCUGAAAUGUCAUUCAACCCGAAACUUUAACUCUGGUUCUCUCUCCAAAGAUGCUACCAGGCCAUUCUCUUUUGUUCACAGGAAGUCAUUGACUUUAUUGCCCAUCCCUAAUCAACAAUUAAUUGGUAAGCAGCAGUCUUUGGGCUCAGGAUUUUGAUCCAGUGACACUGAUAUAGCUCCAAGUUGGUGAGUGACUUAGUUGGGAACUUGUAGGUGGUAGUGUUAUCAUGUAUCUUUUACCAUUGUUCUUUUAGGCAGUAGAGGUUGUGGGUUUGGAACAUGAAAGAACCUAGUUGUGUUACUGCAGUGCAUAUUGUUGAUGGGAUAUAGUACUGGCACACUGUGUUAACAGUGAAGGAAGUGAAUGUCAAAGGUGGUGAAUAAAAUUCGAAUCAAAUGGAUCACUUUGUUCUGCAGCGAGUCAAGCAUCCUGAGUGUUGUUGGAGCUUCACUCCAAGUGGAGAAUAUUCCAUAAUACUCCUGACUUGUGUCUUUUGGAUGGAGGCUAGACUUUGGGGAGACAAGAGGUGAAUUACUCGCCAACAAAAGUCCUACCCUCUGACCUGCUGUUUCAUCCACGGAAUUUAUUUGGCUUGUUCAGUUCAGUUUCUGAUCAAUUAUAACUUCUGGAAUGUUAUUAGUUGGGAAUUAGCAAUGGUAAUGUCAUUGAACAUUGAGGGGCGAUGGUUAGUUUCUCUCAUUUUAAAUGAUCAUUCCCUGGCACUUGUGUGACAUGAAUGUUACUUGUCACUUAUCCACCCAAACCCAGGUCUUGCUGCCCAUAUGGACACAGACUGCUUCAAUACCUGAGGAGUCACAAGUGACAGUAAACACCAGGCAACUAACAGUGAUCAUCCCCACUUCUAACUUAUGAUGGAGGGAAGGUCACCUGCUGAGUUAUUUCCAGCAUCCUCUGUGUUUAUUUCAGAUCUCCUGAAUCAAUAUGUUUAGCUUUGAACCCAGCCCAUAGCCCUGUAUCAAUCCCAAACUAAUUGCAUUGCUCACUCUCGCCAAAUUGCAUCGUAUCAAACCCAAACUAAUCCCAAUAGGCCCUGCUUUCCCCUUCUAACCUUACAAAAUACUGCAGCUAAGGAUUCGUCUUGUUUCUCCUUUGAAAGAUUUAAUGGUGAUCUCUGUCUCAGCCAUUCCCUUUGCUAUGAAUUCCAUGCUCUGAAAUUUUUCCUCAGCCCACUCCUCACCCUUAUUAGUGUCCCCACAACACUGAUGAUCCUAUUAGAAGAUAAACCUCCUCCACUCCAAACAACACCCAGUCACUCCAUCUCUGUUUCCUCUGUCAUCCACAUUCUAUUUUUCCACUUAAUAAAAGUCCUUUCUGUAGAACCUUUAUGACCUCAGGGCAUUACAAAAAAGCAUUUUUGAAUUGGAAGUAUUGUUGUAAUUGAGAAAACAUAGUAAUCAUUUUGCACACAGCAAGUUCCCACAGCCAACAAUGUGAUAACGAUCAGACUGCCAGAUCUUACAGGUGAUGACCGAGGGCUAAAUAUCAAACAAGACACUGAAGAGAAGUUACCCACUCUUCUUCAAAAUAUGACAAGGGGAUCUUUGGGAGCUAUUGGGAGUAUUGGUUGGUUAGUUUAACACUUUAUCUGAAAGACUAUACCUUCAACAGUGUGGAACUCCCAUUGUACUGCACUGGAAGGUCAACCUUCAUUUUGCUCACAACCUCUGGGGCAAGUUGGCGAAGGUUUUCAUUUUAAUUUGGAGUUGGGUAAGGGAUGGCAGUAGGAGACUGGAGUGAGUGACAAUCUCAUACAGUGAGACCCAGGUGGAUUCUGACCCCAGGCAUUUUAUUCAGAUUCGGUUUCUGAUCGCGUCUAGCCCCAACAAAAUAAAUCUCUCAGCAAUAUACCACAGUAACAAGGUAAUGAGGAAGUGAAUGCUGAGGUGAUUGAAGGGAGUGUGGAGGGAGGGAGAAGAGUGUUGUGUGUGGGAUCUUGUUGUGCAUGAGUCAGUUACCAUGUCUUGUGUAUUAUAAAAGUGGCUCAUCUUCAAAACUGCUUCAUUGGCUGCAAAGAGCAGUGGAACAGCCCUAUUUUGUGAAAGAUGCCUCAGAAAUGCUAGUUCUCUAUUUCCUGGAGGAGAUAUUUGUGGUUCCCUGGAAGAAACAAUAAAGUUUCUUAUUAAUGAACUCAGAUAACUGCACGAACCAUAAGAGCAUACCUUGGGGAAUUUAUAUACAUUAUUGAGUUACUUGAGAUUAAAUUAUGAGAUUAAAUAAUAAUGUUGUUGCUUUCUUAUCAAAGCUUGCUAGUUAUAUUCAGCUUGAGAUUGAUAUUGUAUGCAGGCGGUGUCUCUGGAUGUGUGCCCGAACUGUUUGACUAGAAACCUUCGUGGCCCUGAUGUAAUAAUCAGCAGACCACUUCACUAAGUUCUCAGGAAACUUGUGGUUAGUAAUAAGUCUUUGUGAGACAGAGAAGACACACCUCAGUGAAAUGGACUCUUUUAAGCCAGUAGCAGCAGCUAUCCCAAGCAAAGAAGGUGCUGGAGAAACUCAGCAGGUCUGCAGUAUCUGUGGCAAGAGAAACAGAGUUAAUGUUUUAAGUCCAAUGAACCUUUGUCAGAACUGAAAACAGUGGGCAAAGGUGUGGUAUGUAUGCUCAUGACAGGUUAUGGGGUCAGGGGAAAGCAGAGAAGGAGACAUAGGGCUUGUUGAUAGUAAGAAGGGGAAGAAGUAAAUGCUGAAAAGGUGAUAACAGGAACUAUGAAAUACACAGGAUAGGGCGCGGAGGUGUGCCAGCGGAUAACAGACAGCUAAUUCAUCUCACUAAUGUGCAGCAAGAUGCUUAUGUAGUGAUCAGUCAUUGGAGGGACAGAGUUGCUAAUCUCGAAACACCAACCUUAUCAAUAGAAAAAAGUGAAAAGCAAUUUGGUAAAGCCCAAUACAAAGGCUGACUAAAGCCAUACCCCUCAGCUCUUCCUGUGCUCACCUGAUCCAUUUGUGUCCGUGAAUCCACAUUUGGUCCGGUCGAUCAAUUUCCUGGGAGAGGAAAUAGUCCAAACCUGUUCCAAAAGUAAUUCUGAGAUAAUGGGAACUGCAGAUGCUGGAGAUUCCAAGAUAAUAAAAUGUGAGGCUGGAUGAACACAGCAGGCCAAGCAGCAUCUCAGGAGCACAAAAGCUGACGUUUCGGGCCUGGACCCUUCAUCAGAGAGGGGGAUGGGGGGAGGG